AUGCUGGAUCCACGGGAGACGUUCGCGGGCAUCAUGGGCGCCUUUUGCUGUGUGUAUGCAGGCCUUCCCUUUGAAGUCGUGAAGGUGCGACUGCAGACUCAAGGCGCGACCAACGCGUACCAGGGCGUGACCGACGCUUUCCGUCGCAUUGUCACCGAAGAGGGCGUCGCGGCGCUCUGGAAAGGCGCAGUACCAGCGCUGUCGAGUUCUGUGAUUGAGAACUCGGUGCUUUUUAGUGCGAAUGGAGUUGCGAAGCGAGCGGUAGUGGCGUUGCAUGCGAAACAGUGCGGAACGCGCGAGGGUGAGGACGAGUACCAGCUGACGACAAUGGACGAGGCCUGUAUGGGCGCGUUUGCUGGCUGCUUUUCUGCAACGGCCAUUACAGUGCCAGAGAAUAUCAAGUGUAAGCUGCAAUUCCAACGCGGACAUCCGGGUGUCGGACACUAUCAUGGACCUUGGGACUGUCUGGUGAAAGUGGGCAAGGGAGAAGGAAUGAGAGGACUCUUCAGGGGGUACUCGGCCUUGCUGCUGCGUGACGUGCCGUUCAGCUUUAUUUUCUUUGGAUCGUACCAAGCUUUCACAUCUGGAACAGUUCAACUAUUGGGCACAGAGUCGAAGAACGACCUGAACCCUGUCGCUAUUCUUGCAAGUGGCGGUCUCGCAGGCGCUUCUAGUUGGAGCGUCAUAUUUCCCGUGGACGUGCUCAAGUCACGAAUGCAAACGGCAAGCUCGACACAAUUGCUCUCACUACGGAGCGCCUUCCGUGCAAUCUACUCAGAGUUUGGCAUCCAUGGAUUCUACCGCGGCUGGUCGGCCGCCGUACUGCGUUCAUUCCCGGCCAAUGGUUCGCUUUUUCUCGGUGUGGAGAUGACGCACCGCCUUUUCCGUUGGUUUGACACCAAACAAAAUCAAGUGUAA